CAAGGAGGAAGUCAAGGCACCUUGAUACCUGCUGAAAGUUGACAACCGACACACUCGCCGACGUGCAGGAGGGGGGAGUAUGAUACGACCAGCCCCUCAUGGAAACGUUAACCCACCCGGACCAAAACGGACUAAAAUGCAAAGAUAUACACAUCUGUCACAACACCACACAGAAACAUGUCGGGGGGCCAGGAGUCACCUCUGGCCAGCACAGACAGGAAGAUUUUGAAAAGGCGCCCAUGCACGUGGCUGUCUUGACAUAUCUGGGCUUUGGCAUCGUCACCCUCUUUGGCUACUUCAGAGACUUCCUCAGAGCUGUGGGCUUAGAGAAGCGCAAUCUCGCACAGGAACGAGAGGAACAGAAGGAGUUUGUACCACUUUACCAAGACUUUGAGAACUUCUACACUCGAAACUUGUACAUGAGAGUACGAGACAACUGGAACCGGCCGCUAUGCAGCCUGCCGGGGCCUGUCAUUGACUUGAUGGAGAGGGUUUCUGAUGACUACAACUGGACAUUUAGAUUAACUGGCAGGACAAUCCACAACGUGAUCAACAUGGGCUCCUACAACUACCUCGGCUUUGCGGAGAACACUGCCGAUUACCUUGAAACGGUGGCAGACAAAGCACGCCAUUACGGGGUCGGCGUUUGUAGCACACGGCAGGAAACAGGUACGCUGGACAUUCAUGUAGAGCUUGAAUAUCUAGUGGCGCGCUUCCUGGGAGUGGAGUCCUCCAUGGUGUUUGGGAUGGGUUUUGCCACCAACUCCAUGAACAUUCCCGCACUUGUUGGCAAGGGCUGUUUGAUCCUGAGUGAUGAGCUCAACCACACUUCUCUUAUCUUAGGGGCUCGAUUGUCAGGAGCAACCAUCAAGGUGUUCAAACACAAUGACAUGGUCCAUUUAGAGAAAGAGUUAAGAGACUCAAUCUGCUCAGGGCAGCCUCGAACCCACAGGCCCUGGAGGAAAAUCCUGAUUAUGGUUGAAGGCAUCUAUAGCAUGGAAGGCUCAGUGGUACGACUACCCGAACUGAUCGCUCUGAAGAAGAGAUAUAAGGCAUGUCUGUACCUGGAUGAGGCCCACAGCAUCGGUGCAGUUGGGCCGGGAGGGAGGGGCGUGACAGAGCUGUUUGGGGUCAACCCAGCAGACGUGGACGUAAUGAUGGGCACCUUCACCAAGAGCUUUGGGGCUGCUGGAGGCUAUAUUGCAGGCAAAAAGGAGUUGGUUGACUACCUGCGUAGCCGGUCCCACAGUGCCAUGUACACCUCGAGCAUGUCUCCUCCUAUUGCCGAGCAGAUCAUACGGGCCAUAAAGUGCAUCACAGGACAUGAUGGCAGCACAGAGGGUAUCAGACGCAUCCGACAAUUGGCUGAGAAUACGAGAUACUUCCGGGCCAAGGUGAAGAAAAUGGGCUUUAUUAUCUACGGCAACGACGACUCUCCCGUGGUCCCCAUCCUGUUGUACAUGCCGGGCAAAGUAGUAGCUUUUGCUCGAGAAAUGCUUGAGAGGAAAAUUGCCGUAGUGGUUGUCGGCUUCCCCGCUACGCCGAUAACCGAAGCCCGCGCUCGCUUCUGCAUGUCUGCAGCUCACACCAAAGACAUGCUGGACGAGGUCCUGCACCACCUGGAUGAGGUGGGAGAUGCUCUGGGCCUGAAGUUCUCACGACGGAAAUAAUCCUGCUGUUGUGACCUCUGUAAUGAAAAUGACUUUGAGCCGGAUGGCGAAGGCGACUCUUGACCUCUUCACUUCACUGUGUCAAAACCUCACACAAGUCCACACAGAGCCAGAACACACAGGGCCAAAUUCACUGAAGGAUUGCCUGGCUUUUGCGUGGCGCUAAUUGUAGCAAAAAGAUAGCUUUUAAGUCACAAAGCACACACAGAUGAUCAAACGCUUGACUAACCACGCUGCCAAGCAGAUUGUGUCUAGGUGCUCCGGUGCUAUUUAAAACAGGCAAUGUGCAUCUAUUUGGCAGGGGAAAAAAAACAUCAUAUUCACUAACACCAGUGCUAUAGGUAGAGAUGUGCACAUGCAUUUUGACAUUGACAUUGUCGCAGUUCUCUUUCAGGACCCCCAGCCUGCGUUCUGAAAAUGUCAUCUUUCUCUUCCUAACUCCCUCCCAAAAAAAAAACUUAAAACAACAUUGACCAGCAUGGUUUGGCAGUGCUGGUUUUGUUUGUGUCACCAGUUCUGGUUUUCUUGGCGCAAAGCCAGCAUUUAGACUUUUCCCAUGUAUGGCUUAUUGCAAGCAGGUGAAAUCAGGGAUAAACCGCACCCCGCUGUUAAACUCUGUGGGCAUGUUUGUAAAUGCAAAGGAUGAAUAAGAUUGCAUCCACCAGCACAAUCGAAUGGCAUUCUGUAGAGAUUGAUGACACUGUCACAGACGUAUGCUGACUUACCAAAUAUGGUUGCUUACCCCUAAAAAGAAAAGAGCAAAUAUAAGCCAGAAAUAAGUUAUGUACUACUCGUGGGCAAAACUAGUUAGCCACUUGAAUCAACUAACUACAAGAAGUGAAAAAAUAGAGUGUUAGACAGCUGUGUAGAUUCAAAUACGACGAUGUGUUGCGUAAGACGUGAAAAAGGGUCCAGACUUGCAGGGUACCAGCAAACCAGCCAAAUAUUGGCAAGAUUUUUUUUCUUCUUUUUUUUUUAACAAGAAGGUUUGUAAAGACUCUCUUGCCACAACUUUUUAACACCAGCCAACCUGUGUGAUAAAUUUGUCAGCCCUAGUUUAAUCAAGGCCUUUUGUUGUGGUGUGGCUUGUAUAAUGUUGUCCUCUUUUGUAUUAAACCAUGUUUUAGUCACGUUUUUUUCAUUGAUGUUUUUAUGAUUAUUUUUAGGACAAAUAAUUCUGAAAUCACAAUCACUUAGCCUGUAGAUAAAAGUACAGAGAUAAGAUAUCAAAAUGAUCCUUUACACGACACUUGCCAAAUUAGCUCACAGCAAUAUAUGACAAUUCAUUGCAGUCCCGAAAAGGAAUUAAUGUCACAUAGAUUCUGCAUAAGUGACCUCUUCUUGGUAAUAGCUCAUUAAACAUUUACUUCUUUGA